GUCAUUCUGUAAGUGAUUUACAUUUUGAAAAUACUGAUAAGCAUAAUAGGUUUUAUUAUUGUAUUAUCAAAUGUCUUUUGUAGUGAGAAAAUGUAUAGAUGGAUAGUUUUAUCGUUCAUUGUGUUGAAUGCCAGUAUGUUUGAAGCAUCCAAGGUAUCAGAAAACGUGUUGAAAGACAAUAAAGGUGGGGAUUAUGACGUAAUUGAUGUUGAAAUUGGGAACACUGAUAUUGCAAUAAUAAAGAAAGAUGGUGUUAUACUGGCAGACGAAAUUACAAGUAAAGACAAAGAGUAUUCAAUCAUCAAGUAUAACAGAACCUGCAAUGUUCAGUUUUAUGAGGACCCUUCAGAUUCCAAAACAUGCUAUGAAGCUUUUGAAGAUAACGAAAGCAUUACGAAUGACACCAAAACAGAAAUCAAAGAAGAAUGUGGAGACUUAGAUAUUGCUUAUGUUAAGGCGGUUCAUUGUAACACAGAACACGGCAUCCAAAAAAGAGCAUGUUAUUAUUAUUACUACCUUGGUCGAUAUUGCAGAAAGAGAUGGUGGAGAUACACAUGUUACAUCUGUUGGUACAGAGUCUUUAGAUGCUAUUGAUUUGGAAAAUAGGAGUGCUUCUUCAUAUUUUAGUACUUUUGUAUUAUCGCAACUUUUUCUUUUUUUUUCUUUUUUAUAUCCAGAUUCUCUAAGACACUUCUGUAUGGUUUAUUAUGUAAUAUAUUUGAAAGUGUGUUUGUCGGUGCGUCUCUCAUGGCUUCAGUGUUAGUUAUAUCAAAAAGAUUUUUUUUAGAUUUGAUUGCGUUUGUUUGAAAUGAAUAAGUUUUUUUUCUCAAAAGUUUAAACCAUACUCAGGAAAAGUGGAAUAACAAAAAUACCAAACUCCGAGGAAUAUUCAAAACAAAAGUGUUUAAUCAAAUGAUGUAGAAAAUGAUUGAUUAAAUUUGGUUUCAUAUCUAUCGAAACCUCUCAUUUGUAUGACGCAUUAAACCUGCUUUUAUAGCUAGCUUAACCUCUCAUUUGUAAAACGAAUGUUUGAUUCAAACUAUAAUUGUUACCUUUAACAAAUAAAUACUAAACAAUGAUAA